AUGCAACCUCCACCUGGGUAUGAUCAUCCUCCAAAUAAAGUUUGUAGACUCCGCAAAGCUCUUUAUGGUCUCAAACAAGCUCCUAGGGAGUGGUUCGUCAAAUUUAGCUACACCAUUGGUAAUCUUGGUUUCAAAUCCAAUUCUUAUGAUCAUGCAUUAUUUUUGCGCAAAACAGAUCAAGGUUGUACCUUACUUUUACUUUAUGUGAAUGACAUGAUAAUUAUUGAUGAUGACACAAAUGGAAUCUGUGAUCUCAAAAUUUUUCUACAUCAACAAUUUGAAAUGAAAGAUCUUGGACAAUUAAGUUAUUUCUUGGGACUUGAAAUAGCUUCCGACAAAUUCGGUUACUAUUUAUCACAAGCUAAGUACGCAAUUGAUCUCAUAUCUCGGGCUGGUAUUACUGACACAAAAGUUGUUAGCACACUAUUUAACUCCACAGAACAUUUGGUUGCUACUAAUGAGUUACGAGCAUACUCUGAUGCUGAUUGGGCAGGUGAUCCAACUGAUCGUCGAUCCACUGCUGGUUAUUGUUUCUUUCUUGGCACAUCUCUCAUUUCAUGGAGAAGUAAGAAACAAACUGUUGUUUCUCGUUCUAGUACAGAAUCUGAAUAUCGUGCUCUUGCAGAUACUAUAUCUGAGCUUCUCUAG